GAUAUGUCUAAGGCUGAAGUUGAAAUACUAGCCUUUGAGCAAAUUCCUAGCUUGGCAAUUUUCUCUGAGAUUGCAAUCCAAGUCACUAACGUGUAACCAAUUAGAUGUAGCUUACUAACUUUGAGUACACAUAUCUCAUGAUACUUUAGCAAGGCAUCGAGACCUUCGUGCGCAAGGAGUCCUAAGAUCCAACUUACUUACAUUCGGAAUCGACAGCAAUGCCUCAAAAUCUGCUUAUACCUCGUACUAAACCGGUAAGAAAUCCUAUUAUGAGAUGAGAUGGAUUACCCGAAGUGGGGGUAGAAGACCCCAUCGAAAUGGAAUUGUAGAGCCACGAGCGGAGAGGGCCAGGAAAAAUAACCGUAUAAGCAGCAUUGCAAGAGAGCGCUCUUAAAAAGGCGCUCAAGUUGGAACUACGAUCAAAUACUCAUUUAUAAAGAGCUGAAUAUCAUUAAUCUAGCUUCAACCAUUGACAAUAGUAAGCAAUCUAAAAAACCAACUCAAAUGGCGACAGAAAGAUCAGAAACAAGCAAUUCUCCUAAUACCAAUGGCCUCCAUGUCGCCAUCGUCGGUGCAGGAAUAGGCGGUCUAGCUUGCGCGAUAGCAUGUCGUCGAGCAAACCCGCCCCUCCAAGUCACCGUUCUUGAGCGCACGCCGGAAAUCCUCACCAUCGGUGCCGGGAUCCACAUUCCGCCGAACGCCUGCCGGGUGCUGACUCGCUUCGGGCUUCUCGAGAAAUUCAAGCAAGCUGGCGGAUACCAGGUGCAGGAUUUCACGCUAAGGAGAUAUGAGAAUGGCCAGAUCCUUGUUGAGAAGCCGCUCAAGGAUAGGAUGGAGACGGAAUACGGGGCACAAUGGAUAGCAAUACAUAGAGGGGACUAUCAGAACGUAUUGCUCAAGGAGGCCCGAGCUGUUGGAGCAGUUGUGUUGACGAGCGCAGACGUCACUGGCGUCAAUCUUGCUUCCGACGGCGCCCAGACCUUGUUACUAAAGGAUGGAAGACGGAUAAGCGCAGAUGUAGUAAUCGGCGCGGAUGGGCUGUGGUCAUUAACCCGAGAGAUCGUCUUAGGGCGGCCCUUUCCGCCAACAGAAACGGGGGAUCUUGCGUAUCGUGGCACUUUUACGCGCGAACAGCUGAGAGGGCUUAAGAAUGAACGAAUGGAUAAGUUGCUAGAGCAGUCAAAUAUACAAGUAUGGCUCGGACCGGGAAGACACGCCGUUUUCUAUCCUCUAAGGAACCAUACAGAAUACAAUCUCGUCUUGAUAGCCGCGGAUGAUCUACCCAGCGGCGUGCGUACCUCACAAGGAAGUCUGGAGGAAAUGGCAGCCAACUUCGAAGGAUGGGAUCCGAUCCUCAACGAAAUCAUUUCAUGUCUGAAGACUGCAUUGAAAUGGAAGCUCCUUCACUUCAAGGAGCUCGACCAAUGGACCAAGGGUGCAAUCGCUCUAUUAGGAGACGCCUCGCAUCCAACGCUGCCAUAUCAGGGCCAAGGCGCUGCCAUGGCCGUCGAGGACGGCGCCAUCCUCGGCUUACUUCUGGAGAAGUUCCAAAGCGCAGGUAUCCCACCGAACCAAGUAGAGAAAAACGAUAGACUAGCCAGUCUUCUCCGCCUGUAUGAAGGUCUACGCAAGAAGCGGACAGAAGUCAACGUGGCUGGCGCCGUGCAUACCCGCCAUUACUACCACUUGGCUGACGGCCCAGAGCAAGAGGCGCGCGACAAGGAGUUGGCCGGGCUGUCUGGCGGGAAGUGGAAGGGGGCAUGCUCGUUUAAUUGGGGGGAUGCUGAGUAUCAACAGAGCUUGCUGGGAUUUGAUGUUCUUGCUGAUACGGAGGAGAGGUUUAACGAGUGGUUGGGAGAUGUUUAGGAGUAGAUCUAUGGUGUCAGCAAUUUGUAAGCAGGUGUUGAUAUGUAAGAAAUAGAUAAUUAGCAUUAUAAAACCUCGCUAACAAGUUCCAUC